AUGGGUCUAGAGCGGUAUCAUGCGUCUGUUGGCAUCUCUACAUCAUUCCCAAUGCGAGCCACACCUCCAGUCAUCACACUUGAACACCCUUCUAUGUACACCGACUCAAUCAAUCCUGUCCAGGUGGUUGUCCCCGCCAUGCCACGAAGCAUUGAGGCCACAGCUCCCAGAAGCAUCCAAGAUGGCUCACCCAGCGGCAGUCGUUCCUACUGCAGGCCACCGAUUCUGGACGUCCUAGCAAGCCUCGUCGCGAACCUGCAGCCUUGGAGUGGAAUCCACAUAAUGUGCACCCGUGGUGUCACAGCAGAGAACCCGGACCAACCCUCCCUUCCGCACUCUCGUCCCAUCGUCCACGGCUCCGAGAAUCUACCCUGUGGUGGUUGCGACUUGAGCGGCGUGUGUGCAGACGCCAAGCCGUUCAAGGUGCAAUCAUCCUCGCUUCGGCAAGAAAAUAUGGUGGGUGCUCCGCGGGACAACGCCUGGACGAAUCCGCGCCCGAAGAGCCUCAAGAAGGGAAAAGGAAACUAG